AUGACAGACUUAAGUUAUGUUAAGAAGAUUGUUCACUCGUUAAUUGUCUCAUCGCCACUGCGAAUGACUGUAGAAAAAUUAAAUCGAGACUAUGCCGAGAUGGAGGGAACACCUGUGCCAUUCAAGAAACUUGGCUAUAAAGACAUUAAUAGCUUUUUGUGUAAUAUUCCCGACACUGUGAUUGUAACUGGAUCGGGUCCUAUGGCAAUGGUUUAUGCCAGAGCUAAAGACAAGACUGCUCACAUACAAAGCCUGGUGCAAGGGCAGAAAAAGCCAACCAAAAAGCUAAAAUCCUCCUGGAGAGGUAAACCUAGAUAUUGUUAUGCAUCCGAGCAGUCGAAUAUUUUGUUUGUAAAUCAACGAGCCAACUACAAUAAUAAUGGUAACAACUGGAGAAACAGACGAAACAACAACAAUAUGGAAGCUCCCAAUCAGAAUUUUGGAUAUAAUCGCUCUAACUCAUCUGCUUAUGCGUAUCAAUAUAACGCACAAUUCUCUAAACCAUUGAAUACCUCUUGCCAAGAUAACGGGAGCCGUAAUUUUACGCAGACGACAGAUGUAAUGACUAAGUCCUUCGCCAAGCUCAACAUGGAUACGCUUGAAAAUGAUGAAAAUGAAUAUUGGUCUAGCGAUGAUGAUGGUGUGGUGCUAACUGUACCGUACAAGAAACCAAUUGAUUAUCAAUCAUCCGAUGAAAGCUGUGAUGACGACGCUAUACCAGCUUACGCUGUGGAUGAGAAAGUUUUACGUAUUUCAAGGCCCAAGAGCUCCGAACAAUGCUUUCCUAAAAUCUGCAUAGACUUGACUAAUGAAUCGGACGAUGAGCAAGUUAAAGAAACUGAAACACCAAGUUCAGCGCAGUUGCCUACUUUGGCAAUCAAUCAAGCUGCUGUAACUCAACAGACUAAAGAAUGCAUUGUUGAAGCUAAGAAGGAAGGAGUCAAGACAGCUUACAUUGAAUAUGUAUCUUCAGAUGAAGGUAAUGAUUCGGAUGCUAUACCAGCUUAUGCCGUCGAUGAUAUUGUCAUUAGUAUGGAUUAUCCUAAGGAUGCUGUGCGCUUCGAUCAUAGGAUGCCAAAGCGUAAUGUGCAGGAAUGUAUGGACUUAAGUGAACGUCCGCUGGUGCAGCUAAUAAAUGUGUCUACUCCACAUGAUUUCUAUUUCUGGAUAUUAGGCGAAGAAUUUGAAAAAUUUAGCGCUAUGACUCGCAAUAUGCAACAGUUUUACCGUGAUGUGGAUGACAAAAAGUACAGCAUGCCGACAUACCUAAUUAUGGUGGGACACUUGGUAGUUGUGCAAUCCAUAAAUCAAUCCUGGGAGCGCGCACAAAUAUUAAACAUCAAAACGGGUCACACCAAGAACAUAGAGCUGGAGCUAAUUGAUUUUGGCGAACGCAUGUGGGUUAGCCACAAGGAUUUAAAGUUUUUGUGCAAAGAAUUUGCCGUGCUGCCCGCUCAAUGCAUGCUAGGAAGAUUAGCUUGUAUAACACCCAGGCAAGGCCCACACUUCUCCCUGGAAGCUUGCAACUAUUUCUAUGAACUUGUUAGCUAUCGUUGGCUCUAUGCGAAGAUUGAAAAGAUCAAUGCAGAGAACAAUACGGUCUAUUUGGUGCUGGUUGAUCCAAUCUCUGAAUUAUUCAUGAGCAUCAAUACAUCACUUAUUGAGUCUGGCUUGGUGCGUCGCUGCUACAAUCCUUAAGUUGCUAUGCAAUGAAUGAAUGAAUUAAGCUUUUUUUUUUAUUGUUUAAGCAGCUAAGUAAAUUUUGUAAGUUUAUUAUUUGUAAGUCCUGUAUAUGAAAAUGAAACAAGUUUUAUUUAGUGUUAUGUUAAGGCAAACGCUGUCCUUCUGCUCUUCUUUUUUAUUUAGUUUACGUAUAAUAAAAUACUAAGUUACACAAAUCUUGAAACAAGUCGCUGCUGCUGUUAUUGCUGUCUUGGAUUCGUGUUUUUGUUAAAUCAUAGAUUAAACGAACUACAAACUGCGUAGUCGCUGUGUAAAAAGAUCUCGCUCGCAACUAAAAUUAGUUAGAACUUGUUAAAUUAAACUUUAAAUAAAUAUAUAAUAUAUAUCAACAGAAAAUUGUUGUAACAAUUCCCUAUAAAAGACAACAUUAUCUAUCAAUAUGUAUGUUUUGUUGUUGUGUAUAUAGUCAAUGCUUGGUUUUUAUAUAUAUAUAUAUAUUUUUAUGGUAACCGUUUUGAAAGGAACGGAAACCUGAGGUUUUUUCUCUUUAAUUUUUUGAGGCUGCGCUACUACUUGUGUUCGUGUGUAUUCCUGUGUGUGUGUGUGUCUUGUGUUUGUGUAAGUGAAAAAAAACUAAUAGUUUCAACUACUAAUGCAUUUAAUUUAAUUUGCUGCAUUUUAUAUAAUUGUUUCCGUUGUUGUGUAUAUUGCUGAGUGAUUUUGUUGUUUCUUUUUAAUAAUUCUAUAUAAUUCGCAAUAAUACAUAAUUGUAGGUUUUUUGUUGGUUUGCUCUUGAGUACAUAAUUAGCUACGCGCUUUUAACUUCAUUAUUAUAUCAUAAGUUCUAUGCAUGCGUGUGUGUGUUGAUGAGUGUGUAUGUGUGUGGGGGAGUGUGUGUUAUUGUAGUAGUAGGUCCACAGGACUAACACCUAUGUCUGUAGCAAUUGAAAAGUCUAUUCACUUCGUUAUUGUUACGAAUAUCGUGGGCAUAAAACUUAUAUAAUAUAUAUAUGUAGAAUUUACUACUUAUACAUAUGUAUGUAUGUCUGUCUGUCUGUAGCUGUAUGU